GCGGCUUUUGGUAAAUGCGGAGGCGCUCCACCACAGCACCUUUUAACCAGUUCCCAGCCCUUAUGCCUCUUUCAUGUCUGUACUUUGCCGUUUCGAGAGGGGAAGAAUAGAAAUGGCAGACGUCACUCUGGAACGAACGAUCCGAUGGAUGAUAUGAGAGGGACGAAGUGCGAUGGGGACUCAGCGCGACGACGGCGAGCAGACUGGCGGAGCAGUCAGAGAUGACUGUGCGUCUCAAGGAGACACUACCAGCGUGAAUGAUGUGACGGUGGAAGUGGCCACGGUGGACUACACCCUCAAGGGGCUGUGUAGGCGGUACAACGCCCACAGCAGGGCCAAGCGCCUGGCACGUAUCAGGACCCAGCUGCCCAGGAAGAGCUGGGCCCCUCUGUGGAACCUCCAGAACCUGACCAUCCUGAUCACUGUGGUGGUGUUUGUGGUCAUGAUCAUCAUAUGGUCACUGCUCUGGGUCUUCAUAUUUCGCAGAGAGAGCAACAGCGGAGUGUAUUUUGCGGGAAUGUUCCGUGUUGCCAACGUGGAGUUUAUCCCGGAAUAUCGCCAAGCUGAUUCCCACGAAUUUAUAUCCAUGACCAACAAGAUCCAGCAUGUGGUGAGCAGCGUAUACAGGAUGUCCUCAGUGUCCAAACUCUACAAACUCUCCGCCAUAUCAGACCUCAGUGAUAAUGACGAGGGUGGUGUCCUGGUGCACUUCUGGAUUGUGUUCGUGGUGCCGAGCCUGACGGCCCCGACAGUGUGUGAGGAGUGUGUGGGAGCCAUCCUCAGAGACUCCGUUCUCACCAGCCUGAAGAACAGGUCCUCCGUAGGCUACCUCCUGGGCCUGCCUGUCGACAUGGACUCCAUACUUGUUAAUGCUGCCUUACGCUCAGAUUACACAGCGAUUACAGCAGGUUCCCAGUGUGUGGACAAGCUGUAUGCCAGCGUGCCAGGCUCCAGGGUUCCCCUGAACGUGUACUCGUCGUGGGGGGGCCUGAGCUGCUUCGUCAAGCUGACGUCUGCCCCGGGCUCUCUGAUCCGCCUCACCAUCAGCUCCCUGCUCAUCGAGCCCAGUGACUGUGUCAGCGACGCUUUCACUGUGUAUGACGCCUUGCUGCCCAUGAGGGGGCGCACUUUAUACAGUAGGAUGUGUGAUCCUGUGUCCCAGUCUCUGUCUCUGGUGUCCACGUCCAACUUCAUGCUGCUCUCCUUCAGGAUGACCCCGGGGAACAAGAACUUCCAAGGACAUUUCCAGGCCAUUGCUGACGAACAGUGUUUGAUUUCAGUCAAGACCCAGGCUGAUCCAGGUUUCAUUGAUCAGAUCUCCAGUCCCUUCUACCCCAGCUUGAUACCCCCUCAGGGCUCCUGCACAUGGAGGUUUCAGACCCCCAGCACCUCCCUGGGCGUAGCUCUGAUGUUCUACAACUACGUGCUGAAGCUGAAGGAUGUAACAGCCUGUGAGCACGGCUGGUGGAAGGUCAAUGAGAUCAUAUACUGCGGCAGUUACACAGACUACACCACUGUGUUCCGGAUCCCUCACUAUGACUCCGAAGUGGAGUUCCGAUCCAGUUCACGGAACUCUGGGCAGCCGUUCCAGGCUGAAUACAGCAGCUUCAACAUCAGCCAGCCGUGUGCCGAGGGUUACUUCCUGUGCGUCACGGGGCUGUGUGUGGAGAAGAUCCGACGGUGUGAUGGCGUGGACGACUGUCAGGAUGAGAGCGAUGAAGUCUUCUGCUCAACGCCUAGUUUAAACUGUGGAAGCUCUAGUCCUCUGCACGCUCUCUAUGUCUGCAAUGGUGAGGUGGACUGCAUCAACGGAAGGGAUGAAACCAACUGCACUCUGGAGAUGAGCUGCUCUGACAUCAGCUACAGGUGUAACAGUGGAUCCUGUAUCCGGAAGAGGAACGCCAGAUGUGAUGGAGUCCUUGACUGCGCUGAUCAGAGUGACGAGCGUGACUGUGCCUGCGGCCGUCCCCGUCCGGCAAGAGCGGACUCAGGUCCCCGGGUGGUGGGCGGAGUCAAUGCUGUGGAAGGGGAGUGGCCAUGGCAGGUCAGCCUGCACUUCUCCGGCUACCUGUACUGCGGAGCCACUGUCGUGUCCUCCGAUUGGCUCAUCUCAGCAGCACACUGCUUCAGCAAGGACAGGCUGUCUGACCCGGGCCAGUGGAGCGCCCACCUCGGCAUGCUGUCCCAGGGCAGCGCCAGGCACGUCAGUGAGAUCCGGCGCAUCGUGGUGCACGAGUACUACAGCGGGCAGACCUUCGACUACGACGUGGCCCUGCUGCGGCUGAGGAGCCCAUGGCCGUCCUCCCUGGGCCCCUUCGUCCAGCCGGUGUGUCUCCCGGCGCCCUCACAGACCGUCACCAGGGCCCACCAAUGCUGGGUCACGGGCUGGGGGUACCUCUCAGAGGACGAUAAAACCCUUCCCACGGUGUUACAGAAGGCGGAGGUGUUCGUCCUGGAUCAGAGUGAAUGUAAGAGGAGGUACGGCCCCAUCACACCCCGCAUGCUGUGUGCCGGGGUCCCCUCUGGAGAGCAAGACGCCUGCAAGGGUGAUUCAGGGGGCGCUCUGUCAUGCCGAGCUCCAGGCCCAGAGGGGCGUUGGUUCCUCACGGGCAUCGUGAGCUGGGGGGCAGGUUGUGGCAGACCUAAUCUGCCUGGCGUCUACACCCGGGUUAACAAGUUCACCAGCUGGAUCCAGAACCACAUCGUCCCCUGAGUGGAUCACAACCCAUUUAGUUUUAUAGUCCUAUUUCAACUGCUAUCGAAUAUAACUGCUCGGUAAUUACUGUGCUGUUACAUCUGUAUCAUGCAAUUUACCUGUUAGAAGGUGGACUGUGUUUUAGGCUUAACAAUUAGGCAGGUCAGGUGAGAUUGACAGGAUUUUAGAUGCAGGUGAGGUCCUUUCAAGCCAAUCUAACAUUACCUCAAACAUGUUGUUCUUAAACAUGGUCAUUCACUCUUCAACCUCCAUGCUUUUAUGUAAUUAUAAAUUGGGGGCUUUAUAAAUUGGUGCGGCAUCAUCUGUCAUACAACUGAUAUUUUGUAAAGUCAUGA